UGAACCCAAAAACUCAAUACUUACACGUUGCUUUACCCCUAAACAACCCCCACAACGUUGGAAUCCUCUUAACCGUCCAGGUGAACACAAAUUGUAAGUGUGGGAAAACUGCUUAACUAACAUCAACCUUUUUUCUUUGGUCUUCCAAAAUAAGUAAAAACCCUACAUCUUUGGAAAGAUUUGGACCUCAUAAUAUUCUCUGGUCAUCACUUUUGUUUGAAUUUUCACAAAAAAAUCACAUCUUUGCUUCUUGUACAUUCAAUUCUCUUCCAAAUCUUCCAUUCUUCAAGCACGUUUCUUCUUUACAAACCCCCUUUAAAUCCCAGUUCAUGCAUCUUUCAGAUUAAAAUCCUGAAAAUUCUACCUGUUUGAACGCCCACCAACUGUUUGUUAAAAUUCCCCAGAGAAUCUCAUUUGUCAUUUCAUUGAAAUUUUGAGGGUUUGAUCAUUUGGGUGUUGUUAUUUUGGUGGGUUGGGUUUUGUUUGUGAGAACAAUGGUGGGAUCUUUCUCUUUACUGACUUCCCCUGUUAUUGAUUCUUCGCAUACUUGCCCUUGUAUUUGUUUGGAAACCAUGAAUUCAUCUAGUAUGAAUCUCAAGAAUGGUGGAGAUGUCGGGUUAGGCAGGAAAUCGAUGGGUAAAAAGCAAUCAAAGAAUAGGCAGAUUGGGUCAUUGGAGCUGAGUAGCUCUUUUGUUGAUUCAGGGAAAGAAUUUAUGGGUAUUGUGAAUAAGAGGAGCUCAACAAAACAAAGGAAAGUCAGAAGCCCUGUGAUUGUCAGUGAACUUGGAGGACAGUAUGAGGACAAUUUCGAGGACGUCAAGACGCAAUUACUCAACUAUUUUACUUACAAAGCUACAAGGACUGUUUUAAACCAGCUUUACGAAAUGAAUCCCACUCAAUAUACGUGGCUCUAUAAUUUUCUCGUUGCUAACAAACCUGGAGAUGGGAAGGUGUUCAUCCGUAACCUAGGGAAAGAAAAACAAGAACUUGCAGAAAGAAUAAUGGUAACACGCCUUCAUUUGUAUGGAAAAUGGAUUAAGAAAUGUGACCACGGUGAAAUUUAUCAAUUCAUAUCAGAUGAAAACUUGGAGUUGAUGCGGGAAAGGCUAUUGGAGACCAUAAUAUGGCCUUCAGAUGACACAAACACAGAAAAGAUUGGUUAACUUGCAUUCGAGGGUAUCUAUUUUUCGCUACUCUUUGGCUGUCCUGUUCAGUGUUUCCAGAAGUCUUCAUCGAAAGAUUAUGAUGAACAAUACUAUGGUGCUUUUUGUAGAUGCAUGCUUUUGUAUAUAGUAUUGGUUAUUUUAGGCUAUUAAUUGUAAGAAUUUUCAUUCUGAUCUUCACUUUAUUAGAUGUGAAGUAUAUUGUUAUCAAUUACUAAACCAAAUGAUGUUUUACUCUUUCUUGUUUGAUCAGAGCUUCAAACAAGAAUGAUGUCCUAAUUAGUCAAUUCCUCCUGAUUUUGGUUACUUUUGACCCAAAAAAAAAAUGAAAAAAACAGUCAUUUCUUCCUGA